AUGGCCGUACAGGAAGUGCGAAACAGAGAGAAAAUAAAGAGGAAACAAGAGAUACAAAUACAGAAACAAGUUCAAGUACAGAGCGGGCCGAGAGCAAGCAUUCGCGGAAGGACGAGGAAGGAGCUAGGGGCUAUCACCGACGUUGUUAUAUGGACUCCCGACAAUAUCGUUCAACUCGCUGUUGCAUCGGAGGACACUGUCGAGUUGCUGAUAUACACUUCGGAAGACUCGGACAAACGGCGGAUAGCGUUGGAGAGGCAUUAUCUAGCAGGGAGCAGACGCUCAGUUGACGAUGGUCGAUUCCAAAAAGCCAGGAGGACGAGAUGGCCCACUUUGCGGUUCGUUACCGUAAUCGAGAUGUGGAAUGAUCUCUUGAUCGUACGCAUCUUCCUCUGGGCGGCUGUCGAGAUGAACGAUAAAAAUUCGAGACCUCUAAGCUUGGUCGGAUAUGGUCGUGACGCUCAAGACUGUAUGGAACCGCUUCUUUUGGUGACAUCCAUACGAACUAUCUAG